AUGGAAACAAACCUUACAAAUUCCUCAAAACUUAAGGUUCACCACAGAAUCCAUAUUGGAGACAACCCUUACAAAUGUAGUGAAUGUGGCAAAUGCUUUACACAGUCUUCAGGUCUUAAAGUUCAUCAUAGAAUCCAUACUGGCAACAAACCUUACAAAUGUAAUGAAUGUGGGAAAUCUUUUACACAGUCAUCAGAUGUUAAUGUUCACCAAAGAAUUCAUACAGGAGACAAACCUUACAAAUGUAGUAAAUGUGGCAAAUGUUUUAUUCAGUCUUCAGAUCUUAAAGCUCACCAUAGAAUCCACACUGGAGACAAACUUUACAAAUGUAAUGAAUGUGGGAAGUCUUUUACCUGGUCUUCAAGUCUUAAAGUUCACCAUAGAAUCCAUACUGGAGACAAACCUUAA